AUGUUGUUGCAAUUUGCUGUGCUUCUAAGUCUCCCCGGCUUUUCUUCUCAAGAAGUCUUCUACAAAUCCGACAUUGCCUUCAGAAUUAAGGGUCAAGUUGUAUGCGAUAAGGAACUUGCACCAAAUGUCGCAGUUCAAUUAUGGGACAGAAACAAGUGUAAGCUCGGCCUUUUCAGAGAAACAUAUGAACAUUUGUUUAAAUUCAGGGGUCGGCAAUUCUGUUCAUCUCAACUCAACAAUAACCGAUUCAAAGGGCCAUUACGAAAUAUCUGGAACAGUACAUGCGCAUAGUUUCUCACCAAUGAUCAAAAUCGUCAAUCACACGUGCCUUGCAAAUCCAGGAUGUUUUCUUACGAGUUACUAUGUUUUUGCAUUAUCAUUUUCCGACUACGAACAACCUAAUUGGGAGUUCGAUUUGAAACCUCGUACCCAUCUACAGUAUGGAAGUGGAUUUUGUAAACAUUGA